AUGCCACAAACCACAUGCCACUUUGCAAAACCGCUGGCGCAGUCCACGCGGUCCGAAGUGCUCGAGUGGAGAUUUCCCAAGCCGCACCACCAAUACGUCCUUACAGGCAAAUCACGGGCGGCCUGGCAUACGGCCUUCCUUGUUCCACAGCUUAACCUACUCCUAGACGCCGGGUUAUUAGUCAACAACUCACGCCCGAAACAAAUAUUCCUCACGCAUGGCCACAGUGAUCACACCUUUUGCGCCCCGGCCUUCUGCAAGCGCGAUGGGCCGCCCGACGUCUAUUGUCCCCUCGAGAUGAAGACCGUUUUCGACCAAUUCGUCAUGACCAAACGGCUGCUCAACCUGGGUGGCGAGUUCCGCCUGAAUGAAGACAAAGACAUCGCACAGGACGACGAAAAUCUUUCUGUUGGCACGAAAUGGCUGCAGUCGCACCAGACCCAUGGCCUGCAGGCCGGGGAUGUCGUGUCUCUGCCUCUGACCAAGGACAUCACCGCCACCGCUUUCGCCUGCGACCACACCGUCCCCUGUCUCGGAUACGUCUUCAGCAUGAACAGCCACAAACUGAAACCCGAGUACAGGUCGCUCUCGGGACCGGAGCUGAAGGCUCUCCGCACCUCGGGCGUCUCGAUCACAGCUCCGCAUGCGGCCCCGAUAUUUGCCUUCCUGGGCGAUACGACGGCCGCUACACUUGCUGCAGAGCCGAGUUGGCUCCGGGGUGGGAUACCGGUCGUCAUUACCGAGUGCAGUUUUCUUCACGAGGAGCACAGGGCUCAGGCUGUCAAGACGAAGCACACGCUUUGGAGUGACCUUGAGAAGAUUGUCCGAAAGUGGCCAAGGACUACCUUUGUGCUGACCCAUUUCAGCCUGCGCUACAGUGACGAGGAAGUGCGCAGGUUUUUCGCCGACAUGGCGGACCCGCCACCAAAUAUCGUUGUUUGGGCUGAUGGCUGGGCUGAUGGUAUCUAG